GAAGCUAGUGACGACUCAUGUCUACUCUGGUAUCCUGAGCCUACGAAAAUUAUUUGGUAAGGAGAAGCAAAAGGAAUCUGCAGGCUUGGACGUUGGCCGGAUGGUUAAAUCCAACCUUCAGACGAUAUUAAAUAGCCACUGUUUUGUAAGAGAAAAAGAGAAAACCACAUCUACAAUGCCAGCUUUUCAACUACCCAUUAAUAACCCCAAAAGUGAAAGCACCUCCGGUCCAAGGCGGUGUUCCCACUGUUGCAGUAACCCGUGUCCGGGGCCUCUGUGGUGUUCCGAUGCCCCUCACCCACCCCUGAAGAUCCCAGGUGGGCGAGGGAAUGACCAGCGGGAUCACAAUCUUUCAGCUAAGCUAUUCUACUCUGAUGCUCAGUUGCUAGUUCUUGAGGAGCCGCCCCCUGCCAACGGCAGAGUGCGUUUCCUUCUCUUUGAGCCUCGUUGCUCAGAGGGCAAGCACUGUGUCUGGAGGGGGGCAUUGAAAGGGGGGAACAUCUAUAUUGAGAUCCCCCCUGGAGCUCUGCCUGAGGGCAGCAAAGACAGUUUUGCCCUCUUGCUGGAGUUUGCAGAAGAGAAGCUGCAGGUUGACCAUGUCUUUAUCUGCUUCCACAAGAACCGAGACGACAGAGCAUCUCUGCUACGUACCUUCAGCUUCCUUGGCUUUGAGAUUGUGAGACCAGGCCACCCCCUUGUCCCUACUCGCCCUGACGCUUUCUUCAUGGCUUACAGCAUCGAACGAGACUCCUCUGAUGAUGAAUAAUGCACGUACACACACUCGUUUGUUUUUAAUGUAUCCUUCCAUAUCCCACCCUAUCACUAAGUAAAUAUGAUCAAAUCUCAGUAUGUUUGAGGUUUCCUGUGAAAUAGUUUAUCACCUUUUAAUGUGCUGUAUUACAAUGACAUUUGCACUAGUGUGUAAUGUUAAACCAGGAAUGUACCCCUAUAAAGUCUGGGAACCUUUUUUUUUUUCAACGCUGUAUUCAUUGAUUUCCAUGUAUAUUGCUGAUCUCCCCGUCCUCUGUCCACCGACUGAUCAUCUAGGAUGUUAUAUUUAUGGUAAAAAAAUUCCAGCAGCGUCUGUUUUAUUGGCCAUUUCAGGUAGAUUUCAUGUUUAUAUGGGUUUUGUUUGUUUUUGUGUGCAUGAACUUUUGAUUUCUAAUUUUGAUUAAUUUGACUGAAAUCUGCAUGUUGUAACAAGUGUGUGUGAAUAAAAGUGCUCACCUUACACGUAGA